AUAAAAAAAUCAUCGUCAUCAACGUUAACUCUGUUCACUACUUAUUUCCGUAGAUUCAGUCCCAAUUCACAGACAGAGCUUCAAAAAUCAAGACAAUGGAAGUUCAAAUUCUCACCAAAGAAAUCAUUAAACCUUCUUCUCCAACCCCUUCCGAUCUUCGCCGUUUCAACAUCUCUCUUCUCGACCAGCUCGCCACCGCCGGUUACGUCCCUGUCAUUCUCUUCUUCGCCAACGCCGACGGAGCGCCGCCUUUCGAGGAAAGAUCCGCCCGCCUGAAGAAGUCACUGACGGAGACUUUGACUCAAUUUUAUCCACUCGCCGGCCGCCCCAGAGAGAAUAGCCACAUCGAAUGUAACGACGACGGCGCUGAGUAUGUUGAAGCUCGAGCCAAUUGUGUUCUCUCCGAUUUUCUAAAGGAUCCGACGCCGGAGCUGCUCACCCAUUUUCUUCCGAUUAAGACUGAAGCUCCCGAGGCCGCCGACGGCGGACGCAUGUUUUUAGUUCAGGUGACGUUAUUUGAAUGUGGAGGAAUGGCGAUGGGCAUAAGCUUCUCCCACAAACUAGUCGACGCAUCCUCCAUAAGCGUAAUCUUAAAAAGCUGGUCUGCGGCGGUGCGUGGUUCCAACACGGCGGCGGCCGCGUUUCUUCAAGCAUCUCUAGUACCGCCGCCGGAGGGAAUCCCAAUCGCCGUCCCUCCAGCAGACUUAGGAGGCAAAGUCAAAUGCAAAUCCCGAAGAUUAGUCUUCAACGCCCAAAAAAUCGCCGAUCUAAAAUCCAACGCCGCGAGUGAAACCGUACCAAACCCAACGCGCGUGGAGGCCGUAACGGCUCUCAUUUGGAAAUGCGUAAUGAAAGCAGCAACUCAGAAAACGACGUCGUUUUCAAAUCCCCCAAAUCUCACCGUCAUGUCCCAAACCGUAAAUUUACGCAAAAGACUAACCCCACCGUCGCCGGAAUAUUCGAUCGGAAACCUCGUCGGAAACUUCGUCACGAACCCAAUUCCGCCGGGGGAAAAAGACCUGAAGGGACUCGUAGAAUUAUUGAGAGAUGGAAUUAGAGAAUUUAAUAAAAAUGGGAUUAAUAGAUAUGAAGGGAAUGAUUGUUUUAUGAAGAUAAUGGAGGGGCUCCAACAAUCUGGGAGUUUGUUUAUGAGAGAUGACGUGGCGUUUUAUAUUAGUAGUAGUUGGAGCCGGUUCGGUUUGUACGAGCUGGAUUUUGGGUGGGGAAAACCGGUUUGGGUCAGCAUUGGGAGUAAUAUGUUUUUGAAUUUUGUGGUGCUUAUGGACACUAAAGAUGGGGAGGGAAUUGAAGGUUGGGUUACUUUGAAAGAAGAUGAAAUGGCAUCUUUUGAACAUGAUAAUGAGUUGCUUGCUUUUGCUUCCAAAAACCCUAGUAUCCUAAUUUAAUGUAAUUAUGGAUAUGUUUCACUUUUGUUGUACUUUUAAUAAAUCUAAAUGCAAUUUGAUUGUGUUAGAAAUGAUUGUAAUGAUGUCAUCCAUGGUGUUUAUGACAAGUUUAGUGGGAGCCAAAUGGA